UCCACUACUUAUACUAACUAUUCCUUUUUGUGUCAAAAACAUAAUAUAUAGUACUAAUGUUCUCUUUUUAAUUUCUUUAUUGUCUCUCAAAAACUCUACUACUAGCUAGAAGAUCAUGAGGAAGAAAUUGAACUUGGAACUUUGUCUUUUCCCUUCCUCCAAUUCCGAUCUUCGAUGUCCAACAAAGGAAGCUAAUGAGAGUGAGGUUAAAGAUGAGCAGCAGCACCGACCGUUGACAAUUGUUUAUGAUGGGAAGGUUUGUGUUUGUGAUGCUACAGAAAUUCAGGCAAAAUCGAUUUUAAUGCUUGCAAAUAAAGAGAUGGAGGAAAGAGUAAGGACACCAAGAUCAGAGCCAUCUUCACCAACAUUAUUGGUAUCAUCACAUUCACAUUAUCAUAAUCACUUAUAUACACCAGCUGGCACUUCUCUUUCCAUGAAAAAAUCUCUACAGAGGUUUCUCCAAAAGAGGAAGAAUCGAAUCCAAGAAGCAUCACCUUAUCAUCUUAAACUAAAUGACCAAAAUUAAUAACUACAAAUCAAAAUUUUGGUUUUAUUAUUUAGACUACUAUAUACUAUAUAGUAUGUAUAACGAAUCUUUCAAUGUCAAAUUGUCAACGGCUUGUAAUGUACCAUUGUACAUCAUCAUCCUCCCUUACAUAAUGCUGUGAAAUUUAUUUGCACAAUCUUUAAUUA